ACCGUCCUCAGGCUCAUCCCUCAAUUCCUCCCCUCCAAAUUUAUCCCAUGGAGGGACGGAUCCCGCACCACCGGCAUCACCGAAAACAGGGAAUGUUUUUAAGGAACGGCUUUCAUUCCCUGCAGAGGAGCUUUGGGGUCGGACGGGAGCAGCAGGAAUCCAGCCAGGGCGGUUUUUCCAGUGUAAAUCCUUGAGCCGGUCUCCGUGCCCUCCUGGAAACCCGGCCCAGGCAGGAAAUAUCCCGGUGUUCCAGCAGUGGGAACAGCUCCCGGCUCCCUGCUUGUGCCACGUGUUCCCUCCCCACUGCUGCUCUGAGAUCCCGGCUUUGGGAAUAUUGUCAUCCCUGAUCCAUCCUGGAUUUUGGGAAUGGGCAGGUUCAGUCACCCCUGAUCCAUCCUGGAUUUUGGGAAUGAGCAGGUUCAGUGACCCCUGAUCCAUCCUGGAUUUAGGGAAUGAGCAGGUUCAGUGAUCCCUGAUCCAUCCUGGAUUUUGGGAAUGGGCAGGUUCAGUGAUCCCUGAUCCAUCCUGGAUUUAGGGAAUGAGCAGGUUCAGUGAUUCCUGAUCCAUCCUGGAUUUUGGGAAUGAGCAGGUUCAGUCAUCCCUGAUCCAUCCUGGAUUUUGGGAAUGAGCAGGUUCAGUGAUCCCUGAUCCAUCCUGGAUUUAGGGAAUGGGCAGGUUCAGUCAUCCCUGAUCCAUCCUGGAUUUUGGGAAUGAGCAGGUUCAGUGAUCCCUGAUCCAUCCUGGAUUUUGGGAAUGAGCAGGUUCAGUGAUCCCUGAUCCAUCCUGGAUUUUGGGAAUGAGCAGGUUCAGUGACCCCUGAUCCAUCCUGGAUUUUGGGAAUGAGCAGGUUCAGUGAUCCCCGAUCCAUCCUGGAUUUUGGGAAUGAGCAGGUUCAGUGAUCCCUGAUCCAUCCUGGAUUUUGGGAAUGAGCAGUUUCGGCUUCAGGCACGGAGGGUGAUGGUUCAGAUCCCCCUUGGGGGAUCCCGGGAUGAUCCCGGGGGUGAUUCCCGAUCCCAGUUUCCAAGGCGGGGCGUUGGGGUGCGGCAGAAUCCGCUGGGAAUUCCAUGGUUAAAACCGGGAAAUGCCAAUUUUUUGGCGGCCAGGAGCGAGCCCAGGGAGCAAACAAGGAGCAAACGAGUUGGAAAAGCGGCAGGGCGAGCUGGCCCCGGCCCAGCCCCGCUCCCUUCCCGUGCCCGCCGAGCUGCUGGGAUAACGCCAGGAACCCCGGGGCCGCUCCGGGCUCGUCCCCGUGACCGUCACGUUCCCGGGAGGGUGACGGGGCAGCGAUCCCGGCGGGAUGGGCCGGGAGCCGCCAGCUCCUCCCGGCACUGCCCGGGGAUGCCAGCCCGGCCCCGGGCAUCACCGCUCCUUCCCCUCCCGACCCCUCUCCGUGCUUUUUGUGGAUUUGCAGACCGGCUGCUGGGGGCCCGGCGCCCCGGCUACGGGACGCUGCAGCCGGACACGGAGCCGGCCCGCAUGGAGGUGACGGGUUACCAGCGCCGGCCGUGGCGGGUGCUGCUGUGCCACGCCGGCUCCGUGCUGAGCGCGGGGCUGCUCCUGCUGCUGUUCCACUGGAAGCCCAGCCUGGAGGUGCAGGCCAAGGGCGAGCCCUGCGCGCUGGCCCAGGCGGACUGGCUCAUCAUCAGGGACCGUUUUGGGCAGUGCUUCACCACCAAGGUGCUGACGGAGCCGCUGGGCGAGGCCAGCCUGGAGCAGCACCCCAGGGCGCAGCAGGAGCGCAGGAGCAGCGUGGCCGUCGGGGUGCCGGAUGAGGAGGAGAGCCGCGACACCGUCCGGCUCCAUGACAAGGACGAGAAGAACAUCCUGAGGUAUUACCUGUUCCAGGGAAUGCGCUACGUGUGGCUGGUCGCUCUCCCUGUUUUCCUCUGCUGCAGCGUCCUGGACGAGGGCUGGACGUGUGCGGAGCUGCACCUGUGCCAGGCCGGGCUGGACCAGCAGGAGCACAGCGCCAGGAGGAAGAUCUACGGCCCCAACCUCAUCGAGGUGCCCGUCAAGUCCUAUGCCAGGCUCCUGGUGGAGGAGGUGCUGAAUCCCUUCUACCUGUUCCAAGUGCUCAGCAUGGUGCUGUGGGUGUGCGAUGCCUAUUACUACUACGCCGCCUGCAUCUUCCUCAUCUCCACCUUCUCGCUGGGGCUGUCCCUCUACGAGACCCGCAAGCAAAGCACCACGCUGCGGGACAUGGCCAAGAUGUCUGUGGGGGUCCGGGUGCGGCGGCCCGGCGGAGAGGAGCUGGUGGUCAGCUCAGCGGAGCUGGUGCCCGGGGACUGCAUCCGGCUGCCCGCGGCCGGAGCGCUGCUGCCCUGCGACGCCGCGCUGCUGACCGGCGAGUGCAUGGUCAACGAGAGCCUGCUGACCGGGGAGAGCGUGCCGGUGAUGAAGACGCCGCUGCCGGCAGGCGGGCAGGCGGCGGGGGCCGCGUACGGCCCCGAGGAGCACCGGCGGCACACGCUGUUCUGCGGCACGCAGCUCAUCCAGGCCAAGGCCUACGUGGGCGGGGAGGUGCUGGCCGUGGUCACCCGCACAGGGUUCUGCACGGCCAAGGGGGACCUCAUCAGCUCCAUCCUCUACCCCAAGCCCGUGAGCUUCAAGUUCUACAAGGACGCUGUGAAGUUCGUGCUGUUCCUCGCCGUCCUGGCUCUGAUCGGCACCUUGUACAGCAUCCUCAUCCUGGUUAGGAACCAGGUCCCCGUGGGACAGAUCAUCAUCCGCGCCCUGGACCUGGUCACCGUCAUCGUGCCGCCGGCGCUGCCGGCCGCUAUGACCGUGGGCACCAUCUACGCGCAGAACCGCCUGAAAAAGCAGGGCAUCUUCUGCAUCAGCCCUCCCCGCAUCAACCUGUGCGGGAAACUGCGCCUGGUGUGCUUCGACAAGACCGGGACGCUGACCCAGGAGGGGCUGGAUGUGUGGGGAGUGGUGCCCCUGGAGCGGCAGAGCUUCCUGCCCAUGGUGGCCGAGCCGCGCCGCCUGCCCGCCGGAGCGCUGCUCUACGCGCUGGCCAGCUGCCACGCCGUGUCGCCGCUGCGGGGACAGCUGGUCGGGGACCCCGUGGACAUCAAAAUGCUGGAAUCCACCGGCUGGCGGCUGGAGGUGAUGGAGGAGGAGGAGGAGGAGGAGGAGGAAGCGCCGUUCCAGCGCUUCGGGAUGAAGGUCUUGGCCGUGGUGAAACCCCCACCAGAGGAGGAGCAGCCUCAGGACAGGAGGCACCAGGCCCCCCUGGGGAUCCUGCGGCGUUUCCCCUUCUCCUCCUCCCUGCAGAGGAUGAGCGUCCUGGUCAAGCUGCCCGGGGAGGCCUCGGCACACGCCUACACCAAGGGCGCCCCGGAGAUGGUGGCCAGUCUGUGCAGGAAGGAAACUGUGCCCCCGGAUUUCUCCCAGAUGCUCCGGCGCUACACCACCGACGGGUUCCGUGUCCUGGCGCUGGCCUGCAAAGCCCUGAGCUCGGUGGCCACCUUUGAGGAGGCCCUGCAGCUCCCCAGGGACUCGGUGGAGAGCGGCCUGAGCUUCCUGGGCUUCCUGGUGAUGAGGAACGUCCUGAAGCCGGAGUCGGCGCCGGUGAUCCAGCUGCUGCGGAGCGCCAACAUCCGUCCUGUCAUGGUGACAGGGGACAACAUGCUGACGGCCAUGAACGUGGCGCGGGGCUGCCGCAUGCUGGAGCCCAGGGAGCGCGUGGUCUUCGUCACCGCCUCGCCGCCCGGCCACGACAAACCCGCCAGCCUCAAGUUCGUCCUGGCUGAGCAUUCCCAGGGCGAGGAGCAGCCCGAGGGUCUGCAGCAGCGGGACAGCUCCUCCCUCCCAGCCCGGCACUGCCACUUGGCCCUCAACGGGAAAUCCUUCCAGGUGGUGUGCGAGCACUUCGCCGAACUCCUGCCCAGGAUCCUGCUCCGGGCCACGGUGUUUGCGCGCAUGCUGCCCGAGCAGAAGACACAGCUGGUGUGCAGCCUGCAGGAGCUGGACUACUGCGUGGGGAUGUGCGGGGACGGCGCCAACGACUGUGGGGCGCUGCGGGCGGCCGACGUCGGCAUCUCCCUGUCCGAGGCCGAGGCGUCGGUGGCCUCGCCCUUCACCUCCCGCGUGGCCACCAUCGAGUGCGUGCCCAGGGUGAUCCGGGAGGGCCGGUGCUCCUUGGUCACCUCCUUUGGGGUCUUCAAGUACAUGGCCCUGUACAGCCUGGUGCAGUUCGUGUCCGUGCUCCUGCUCUACACCAUCAACACCAACCUGAGCGAUUUCCAGUUCCUGUUCUUCGACCUGGUCAUCACCACCACGGUGGCCGUGCUGAUGGGGCGCGCGGGGCCAGCGCCGGCGCUGGGCGUGCGGCGGCCGCAGGGAGCCCUGAUCAGCGCGCUGGUGCUGGGCAGCCUCCUGCUGCAGACAGCCCUGCUCAUCGCCGUGCAGGUCCUCAGCUACUUCAUCACCGUCUCACAGAGCUGGUACGUCCCCCUGAACAGCACGGUGACAGCGCCCCAGAACCUGCCCAACUACGAGAACACCGUCCUGUUCUGCGUCAGCGGCUUCCAGUACCUGAUCCUGGCCGUGGCCAUGUCCAAGGGCCACCCCUUCCGGGAGCCUCUCUACACCAACGUGCUCUUCCUGCUCGUGCUCAUCCUGCUCUUCGGCCUGAUGGGCUGGCUGACCCUCUACCCCCUGGGCUUUCCCAAAUCCCUGCUCAAGCUCCAGCCCAUCGAGGAUUUCAGUUUCAAGCUGCUCCUCUUGGGCAUCGCCGCCCUCAACUUCUUCGCCGCCUUUGCGCUGGAGACCGCCCUGGAUCACGGCUUGCUGGGCUGCUUCCGAAGGCUGCGCCGGAAAAAAGCCUCCAAGAAGCUUUUCAAGAGGCUGGAGAAGGAGCUGAGCCAGCAGCAGCCGGCCUGGCCGCCCCUGGAGCAGCCCCUGUUCGCCACACGCAGGAUGUCCCUGGCUGUGAGAUAGCAGUGCCAGCUGUGCCAGCUGUGCCCUCUGCCCCAGCCCUCGGACGCUUCCUUAAUUUAUUGAUCCUGGAAAAAGCAGGGACACGGUGGGCGGGAUCCCUCGGCAUUGCAGAUGUGAAUCCUGUGGCCAUAUCCACAUUGAUCCCGUGGCCAUCGUGAUCCCAUGGCCAUGGUGAUCCCAUAUCCACACUGAUCCCAUAUCCUCUCUGAUCCCAUAUCCACCCUGAUCCCAUAUCCACCCUGAUCCCAUAUCCCUGAUCCCAUAUCCACCCUGAUCCCAUAUCCACGCUGAUCCCAUGGCCAUGGUGAUCCCAUAUCCACUCUGAUCCCAUAUCCAUCCUGAUCCCAUAUCCACCCUGAUCCCAUAUUCACCCUGAUCCCAUAUCCAUGCUGAUCCCAUAUCCACCCUGAUCCCAUAUCCAUGGUGAUCCCAUAUCCAUGGUGAUCCCAUAUCCACACUGAUCCCUUAUCCACCCUGAUCCCAUAUCCAUGGUGAUCCCAUAUCCAUGGUGAUCCCAUAUCCACCCUGAUCCCAUAUCCACCCUGAUCCCAUAUCCAUGCUGAUCCCAUAUCCCUGAUCCCAUAUCCAUGCUGAUCCCAUAUCCAUGCUGAUCCCAUAUCCACCCUGAUCCCAUAUCCACCCUGAUCCCAUAUCCACGCUGACCCCAUGGCCACAGCAGGAGGAGGAGGAGGAGGAGGAUCAGGCGAGGAGAUCCAGAGGAAGAGGAGGAUCCAUCCCAGCUCUUCCCGCAGGAUUCCCCCACUCCCCCUGUCUGGGGGCCGGGGGGGGUCCCUGGUGUCCCCAGCCCCCCCAGCAGUGUCACUGUGACCCCAAACCCCCCCUAGAUGUGUAGGGAGUUUACAUCCCCGCCCUGCCAAGGCUCCAUCCCCAUCCCUUCUCCGCUGGGAAUGCUCGGGCAGAGCCCCUCUGCUUCGGGCCGGGACCUCUGCAGUGCUCCACACCCCACAAAUUCUAUUUUUGAACUCUCCCCCGGGGCUCUCAGGCUCUUCUCCAAUAAAUUAACACUUUAUUUUC